CUCAGGGUCUCUUCAUCCAAUGUCUGGCACAUGUAAACUCCAGCACUGCCCUCUGCCGAAGGUGUCAUCGGAAUUCCCUGGACAAAAUCACAGCAAAGACAAGACAGAUGGAAAAGGAAGCCAAGGAGCUGUUCAGGUCCUAUUUGACUCACCAGGGCUUGCUUACGUCCGAGCUUCGCCGACUCUGCGAUGAGGCUGUACAGUGGUUUCCUACAGAGAAUAUAACAGACCAGCCAAAGAUGGUCAUGCUGCAGGAGCUAUACCGGACUCUGGUGCACAUGAAGGACGCCCUCGAGAACAUCAAAAAGCAGCAGCAGGUGCUGAGCACCCCAGGUGCUGCACUACUUGGCAGACUCGAAAGCACUCAGUGGGCGGUGAGAGGGCUUCUCUCCAACACUUUCUGCGCCCUCUGUCUCAAGGGCGUCUUGCCCAACUCCAGGCGCACCCCAGAGAGACCUGCAGUUACUAACACUUUCCAGCAAAAGAUUGACGGAUGCAAAGUGCUCGGGAACUACAGCAAGUUCCUGGAGAAACUGGCCAGGGGCUCGGGGAAGAAAGCGCCACAGGCACUCAGAGAUCAAAGGAAAAGACGGAAAGGCACAAAAAGAAAGGAGGGUUCCUCGCACUCCUGAAUGAGCCACCCAGUGGGAGCCAGGGAACCCUAGAUGGCUGCCGCCCAGACCUGGUAGUGGGGACGGAGCUAGGCUUCCAAAAAAUGCUUGAAUGAAAUACACAACUCCUGUUUAACCCUGAGAAGUGGCUGCACAGGAGCUCAGUGCAGGAACACCAGAGCCAUGUCACGUUCUGGUCCCACACUCAAUGUGCCAGGACAGACAGUCCCUUGGGGCCAGAUCGGCAAAGUGCCUGGCAUGCAGCAGCCACCAUUGCUCUGGGGGUUGGGAAGGAUUCUCUGUUGUUCUCAAGUGGUUGGAGGGGAUUCUCCUUCAGUCUCAAUGGGAGCUGCUGGGGGCCACGCACUUAUGGAAAGCUUGCCUGAGAGCUUCCAGAUACCUCUGCACAGCGUACAGAAGCCAAGGCGCCUUUUUUCUUAUCAAAAGCACUACCAGAUUCUGCAGGAAAGGUUCAUUACUGCAUUGUUUGAGAUCCUUUACAGUAGAAUAGGCUGGAUUCAAAUGCACAAAGAACGAGCAUCUAUCCCGGGGUGGGCAAACUACGGCCCAGGGGCUGCAUCCAGCCCUUCAGACAUUUUAAUCCAGCCCUUGAGCUCCUGCCAGGGAGCAGGGUCAGGUGCUUGCUCUGCGCGGCUCCCGGAGGCAGCGGCAUGGCCCCCCUCUGGCUCCUAUGCAUACGGGCAGCCCGGGGGCUCCACAUGCUGCCCCAACCCCAAGCAAAUAGAGCCAGUGGGAGCUGCAGGGGCAGCACCUGGCCGUGCCUCAGCAUAGGAGCCAGAGGGAGGACAUACCUCUGCUUUUGGGAGCUGCUUGAGGUAAGCGCAGCCAAGAGCCUGCAUCCCUGACCCCCUCCCACACCCCAACCGCUUCCCCAGCCCAGAUCCUCCUCCCACUCUCCAAACUCCUUGGUCCUACCCUCCUGCACCCCAGAGCCUGCACACUCAGCCAGAUCCCUCACCCGCACCUCUGCCCCAGCCAAGAUCCCCCUUCCACACCCUGAACUCCUCAUUUCUGGCCCCACUCCUGAGCCCGCACCCCCAGUUGGAGCCCUCACCCCCUCUUGUACUCCAACCCCAAAUUUUGUGAGCAUUCAUGGUCCUGCAUACAAGUUCCAUACCCAGAUGUGGCCCUCAGGCCAAAAGUUUGCUCACCCCUGAUCUAUCCUGAUGAUGCAACCCUAGUUUAACCCAUUUUGCCCACUUGGCUGAUUUUUUCCAUUGCCCGACACCUUGAGCAAUGAUUUACACCAAUGACAAGUGAGUGUAAUAAGAUGCCUCUAAAACAGAACGGUAACAAUUUAUGCUCACUUAGCACUGGGGCAAAUGAUGACCCAAGGUGCUGGGCAAUGGACAAUCUGGUCCCAGGUAUAGAAACUUAAAUUAUAUGUGAGAUUAACUGGUUAUUCCCCGUCACCAGCAACAGAGAGCUGCUGGGAGGUUGGCAAAGGGUAUGUCUACACAGCAAAAGCUGUGCAUGGGCUACCUAGCUCACUUGAAUCCAGCUAGCUGAGUAACAACAGCACUGAAGGCAGUGAGCUGAGUCCACGCUGGGCAUGUAACUGCCUUCACUGCCAUGUCUUCACUCGAUUGUUACCUGCACUAGCUGGAUUGAAGCCGCUAGCCUGUGAAGCAGCUUCAUACCAGUCACUCCCAGGUCAGACCAGAUCAUGAGGUUACUGUGGCCCGGCAGCAUUGACUGUCUGAACAUUAAACAUGUUGUUAAACUUGGCCUGAUUUUUCCAGUGAUUCAAAGGUCCAGUGACCCAGCCUGACUAAGUCACUGUGCACUGUGGAGUAUGUGUCUCUUCUAACCAGGAUCCAACACCACUCAGCACAUGACCGCUGCAGAUGUUUCUUCUCUUUAUGCCCCUUGUUAUGCUUUUCUAGAGGUUGUUUUGAGAUCCCAGACCAUGGUCUAGAUCCUCAGCUGGAGUAACUUGGUUUAGCUCCACACACUUCACUGAGGAUCUGGCCUGGUAAUUUGUAUUGCUGUCAAAAUGACUCUAGAGAAGUUUUAAUUCCCUGAUAUUACCUUGGGAGUGGCAUCACCUGCUGCUGCUGUGCUGAUGUCCUAAGGCACUGUUGUACCCUUGGAGGGUAUGCCAACAUAAUGAAACAUGACCUUCAAAACAACCAGCACACCCUGCUCUGUAAUAAUUUAUAGAUUAAUAUUUA